GCGCUGCCCUCGGCAAGCGCUGGCAUCCGCCGCUCCUGCCUCGCUCUGCUCAGGAACAGGGCUCAGCUCUCUCGCGCAAAGAUGUCUUGCUACGACCUGUGCCCACCGAAAACCGGCGUCGCCGUCCCCCAGCCCGUCGCUGAGAGCUGCAACGAGCUGUGCGCCCGGCAGUGCCCCGACUCGACGGCCUUCAUCCAGCCGCCCCCCGUCGUCGUCACCUUCCCCGGCCCCAUCCUCAGCUCCUUCCCCCAGCAAGCCGUGGUGGGCUCCUCCGGAGCACCCGCCUUUGGGGGCAACCUGGGGCUGGGAGGCCUCUACGGCGCCGGCGCCACCCUGGGCUCGGGGGGCCUCUGCACCUUUGGCAGACCCUACGCUUCUCCCGCCUGCAGCCCUUGUGCCUUGCCCCGCUACAGCAAGAAGCUGUGGGACACCUGUGGGCCCUGCUAGACCCAGCCCCAGAGCCCCCAGAGCCCCUGGGCCUCCUCAGCCUCACACCUCCUCUCCUUUCUCCCCUCCGUCCCCUCUCUCCAUCUUGCCUCUCCUCCUUGCUCCUGCCCAUGCCCAGGUGCAUGGUGCAACUCCACCAUCGUCCCACAGGGCGCUUGCUUGUCUCUACAACAGCCGCCGCCUGGGAGAAGCCUGAAGGAACACCUCUCUUGAAGCCCGGGGUGACAACCUGCCUGCCCCUGCCUUGUGUGUCUUUCUGCAGUGGGUGUUU